GGUUAAUAUAGUUCAGAAUAAUAAAUGGUCACUCAAUGACUGAAACAUACUUUAAUAACAAUAUUUAAUAUUUCGAUACUAGGUUGCCUAUAAUAAGGUAUAUUUCUUGUGGAACACUAAUCACAAUUUUUGUUUAUGUAUUUUGAUUACAGGGUGGCGAUCAUCGACCUUUGUACCAUACUUGUCCAUGUUUGCUGUUUCCGCGUUUGCUCUGCUGUCUUCCGUCGUUGUACAUGCUUUAGUGGACAAAAUCGCGAAACGUUUAAACCCUUUUCGUCAUGAACUGUCUGCAAAUCAAGAAGCAAAGCCAAAAUAUGUUCAGAGGCAAAAUUUUAUUUGGCAAAAUACGUGUGUAUCUUUUGUGCACGCAUUCGUAUCAGGGAUUUGGUCCUUAUCAACGUUCUACUUCGAACCCGACUUCUUGACCGACUUGAUAAACCUGUCUACAGGGCGAUCUAUUUCCCUGGUAUCCUACUCUCUUGGUUACUUCAUUUUUGAUUCCGUACAUAUGGCUAUCCUGCAUCCUUAUCGAUCCACAGCUGAGUUGUUAGUGCAUCACUUUGUCAUAUUUUUGUGCUUCUCAUCUGCAUUAUUAUCCGGGAACUAUAUCGGGUAUGCUGUUGUUUCGCUUCUUCCUGAAGUUAAUUCAAUCUUCUUGCACCUGCGAAGGGCAAUGAACUAUCUACAUGUGCCUAAAAGAAAUCCCUUCUUUCGUGCCACUUGUUUGUUAAACAUCAGUUCAUUCAUUGUGUUCCGUUUCAUGGUAUUAUCUUGGAUGACUCGUUGGAUCGUCAUUAAUCGGGAUCGAGUUCCAUUCGGAUACUACUGCCUUGGCUCAGUUGGCCUUGCCGUGUUAAUGGUUAUGAAUAUUGUUCUGUUUAUCCGGGUUGUUUACGCUGAUUUCUUAACAAACAAUACAGUUUCCAAUGCAGCGUUGUUAGUUUCUGCAGCUGGCUCCGGUACAGGUGCACCUGGAAGACCUCAUCUGUCAAUGCAUUCAUCUUAUGUUUCUGCGCAUUAAGAUGAUUUUAAGUGAUUCUGUCUUUUUAUUUUGUAUACCGUAUAGUUUUUUAAAAAUUCAACUUUUAUGACAAAAAAUAUUUCGUCCUGUCGCCUAUGUAAAUAAACAUUAUGCGGUCCGACAGUAAAAUUUGCUAAUCAUUUAUCCGUAUUUUGGAUAUCAAAAGUAAUUGCUAAUUUAACCUGUAUUUUUAUAAUCCCUUUUCAGUGUAUUAUUAGUCCGUAAUAUGACUCCGUUUUAUCUGUGAUAUUACUUCAAUACUUCCCUAUCAUUUUUACUUUUUCAUUGUUCGCCUAUGUGUCUACAAGUUUUAUGUAGUAUGUUUAUUCACUAAAUGUGGUCCGUAGUUGCAGAUUUGGGAAUAAGAGUUCAUAUUAUUUUAGGGAGAUUUGAUAUUAAUGUACUUUUUGUUUUGAUAUUUUCUAUAUUACAUAAUUCCGUCCUAUAAAUAAUGAAUAAACUUAUACAUAACAAA